AUGGUAUGCUCUGCCUCCAUCAUACGUCAGAAGCCCGAAAACGUAAGGAGCAAGAGCUCAGUACCAGCUGGCCUUGGCAGCUUCAAGAUCCGAAUCGGGAUCAUCCACGGCAAGGUAUUCGACCCGAUCAAGGUCGGUACCCAAGAUCGCCAUUAUCCAGAGCAUCUGAAGAUCAAGAACAACACGGGGCCUAACGCUGAGGGCUGGGGCGGCCAGUUUAUGGCCGACGUGUCAACAGGUCUGAAGAUGAUGAAGCUGCACCCAGAUAUCUUCCACGUGGACUUUAUGACCAUGGAAAAGGUGACGGAGAAGCGACUCUCCAGAAACCAUCUCACGUUUAACUUCUGGGGCGACGUAAGCAUCGCGCUGAUGAAUAACAAGCCGAAGCUAGCCAGAAGACUGCAAAAGAUCCAGAAGAAUCCGAACUUUCGGCACCAUCCGGUCUGGGACUACUAUGAGUGGAUUCUGCACAAGACGCGCUACAUGAAGGCAUGUGAGAGAGCGGGCAUCCCCAUGAUUGACACCAUUCACUUGGAGAAGGGCUUCAAUGCCAGAGAAGUCCUCAAGAAGAUUGUCGCAAAGGGAUGGGACAAGUUCUUCGUGAAGCCGGCCUACAUGAGCUUCUUCGGCGCCGGCGUGAUCAACGGCAAGACUCAAGACUUCAUUGACAAUAUCGGGCCCCUUCUUCAGUACGAGGCAGAGAACAAGCAUCAGAAGGAGUUUCUGGUGCAGCCAUACAUGCUCAAGCCAAACGGGAACGUCUUCGACGAGAUCCGGAACUUCUUCAUCGACGGCGAGUGGGCCUAUUCGGUUUACACCGAUGGGGUGGACUACGAAGGCUUUUGGGAGCAACCCGAGGGCAAGCUGAAGGAGGCCUGCAAGAAGCUGGCCAUACAAACCAUGGAAGAAGUGAAGAAGGUUCACAAGUGGGAGGGCAAGCGCAUGAAUUCUCUGCUCAACCGCAUCGACAUUGGUAUAAUUCCUGACAAGUCGAAGAAGCUGGGGUAUCGGAUUUUUGUGAAUGAGAUCGAGCCACAGAUCACGACCUGGCUGGGCAGAUAUUGUCCGUUUGUGAUCCAAGAUCGGAUGGCCGAGGUGUGCGUCAAGCAGGCGAGUGAGAUGCUUAAAAGAAGUCUGGCUGCGAAGCGGAAGAUGCCAUCGCCGCAGAAGGUUCGCCAGCUACUUGAAGUCCUAGAUGCUUGGAUGUGCUUGAACCUGAACUCUGUGUGUAAAGAUGUGCUUGAACCUUACCUCUCUGUGUAA